UUCAAAUUUCCCCACGCUAAAAAAACAAAGCUGUCCCUCGGCAGGGCCAGAACCGGCGGUAAGAAGCGAAGCAGAGCAGAAGUGCAGCCGCAGCCAUGAAACCGCAGGGCCUUCUUCUCAUCUGCAGCGCCGUUUUCCUCUCGGCCAGCGGCAAUCCAGUCGCUCCGGCUGACCCCAUCCAAAUCCAGAAGGAUUUUGACGAAGCAAGAGUCUAUGGCAAGUGGUACGCCAUCGCGCUUGGCACCACCUGCAAGUGGUUGAAGACAUAUAAGAGUCGCUUCCUUUCGGGGGGGACCCUGAUGGUGGCUCCGGGAGACACCAGCAAGGAGCUGUCAGUCACCUCCACGAGACUGCGGCAAGGAAUCUGCAGCCAAGUGGUCGGAGUUUACCAAAAGACCAGCACCCCGGGAAAAUACCAAUACUACAAUUCUAGGUGGGAGACCCACAUUGUGGGCUACGUGGCUCGCACCAACUACGACGACUACGCCUUCCUUGCCUGGAAGAAGAACAGCAGCUACGGCUACACCAUCACCACCCAACUUUACGGGAGGAGCCCCCACCUGCCUGAGGAGCUGAUAGAGGAGUUCAGACAGUUCUCCGUGGCGCUGGGCAUUCCUGACGACGCCAUCUUCAGAAUGACGGAACCAGGGGAGUGUGUGCCCCCACAGCCAGAACUCAACCUGCAGAGAGACCGGAGGAGCCCCUGGGAUGAGGAAGCAGGCUCUGCCGAUGACUCCCAGUCAUUGCUGGGAGUAAACAAGGAAGAUUUCUGCCUGCAGCCCAAAGACGCCGGUCCCUGCCUGGGGAUGGAGCUGCACUACUUCUACAACACCACGUCCCAGAACUGCGAGAAAUUCUUCUACGGCGGGUGCCGGGGAAACCAAAACAAAUUCCCCUCGGAGCGCAGCUGCCUGCAGACCUGCCGGACAGAGGCCGCCUGCCGCCUGCCGAUCAUCCCAGGAGACGCCUGCAAGGACACAUUCUGGGCCUUCGAUGCCAAGCAGGGCAAGUGCCUCACCUUCCAGGGCUGCGGGGGCAACGCCAACAAGUUCUACCUGGAGAAAGAGUGCCAGGAGUACUGCGGCCUCCUCCCCAGCGGUACGUGGGGGAAGAAGACCCCCCCCCCCCGGUGGCCGCCUCUCAGGGGGGGCACCCUAAAGGGGAGGGAAGGAGGGGAACAGCGCCCUUUUUCAUCCCGGUCCGUCGUAAUCCAGGGCCGGGUCCUGCCAAGCCCCCUGGCCUCCUGGUCCCCCUGAGGGUGGGCAGCCGGC